CAGGGCACGGCGCCCAGCCCCGCGGCACCCCGGCUGUCGCGGGCGGGAGCCGGCGCGCCGCGGCCCCCAGGACACGCGCGGGAAAAGUGACAGAGGCAUCUUAUGUCUUGAGCCAGGGGACAACAGAGAGCAUUCACGACUCGGUCUGCCCUGUCACACCCAAGACCCUGCUGGGUUCAAUGCCCCGAUUGUCCCCAGCAGAGCGAGGCGUCCACUCUCUGCUGUGGUCACCACCCCUGCCGCCUGCCUUGCUGUCGCCAUCAGCCCCACCGCCCUGGUCCCCGCUGACCAUGAACAAGAUGAAGAACUUCAAGCGUCGUCUCUCCCUGUCCGUGCCGCGCACCGAGACCAUCGAGGAGUCCUUGGCCGAGUUCACAGAGCAGUUCAACCAGCUCCACAACCGGCGCAAUGAGGACCUGCAGCUUGGGCCUCUUGGCAGAGGCCCCCAGCCGGAGUCCAGCACCUUCUCCCCGACGGACAGUGGGGAGGACUCUGGGCAGCUGUCCCCUGGCAUGCAGUACCGGCGGCAAAACCAGCGCCGCUUCUCCAUGGAGGACAUCAGUAAGAGGCUGUCUCUGCCCAUGGACAUCCGCCUACCCCAGGAAUUCCUGCAGAAGCUACAGCUGGAGAGUCCGGACCUGCCCAAGCCGCUCAGCCGCAUGUCCCGUCGAGCAUCCUUGUCAGAUAUCGGCUUUGGAAAACUGGAAACAUAUGUGAAACUGGACAAACUAGGGGAGGGAACCUACGCCACGGUCUUCAAAGGACGCAGCAAGCUGACGGAGAACCUCGUGGCCCUGAAGGAGAUCCGGCUGGAGCACGAGGAGGGGGCACCUUGCACGGCCAUCCGAGAGGUGUCUCUCCUGAGGAACCUAAAGCAUGCCAAUAUUGUGACCCUGCAUGACCUCAUCCACACGGAGCGGUCUCUCACCCUGGUGUUUGAGUACCUGGACAGUGACCUGAAACAGUAUCUGGACCACUGCGGAAACCUCAUGAGCAUGCACAAUGUCAAGAUUUUCAUGUUCCAGCUGCUCCGGGGCCUUGCCUACUGCCACCGCCGCAAAAUCCUGCACAGAGACCUGAAACCGCAGAACCUGCUCAUUAGCGAGAGGGGAGAGCUGAAGCUGGCUGACUUCGGACUGGCGCGGGCCAAGUCAGUGCCCACGAAGACCUACUCCAAUGAGGUGGUGACCCUGUGGUACAGGCCCCCUGAUGUGCUGCUGGGGUCUACCGAGUACUCCACCCCCAUUGAUAUGUGGGGCGUGGGCUGCAUCCACUACGAGAUGGCCACGGGGAGGCCCCUCUUCCCCGGCUCCACGGUCAAGGAGGAGCUGCACCUCAUCUUCCGACUCCUCGGGACCCCCACGGAAGAGACGUGGCCCGGCGUGAUGGCCCUGUCCGAGUUCAGAGCCUACAACUUCCCGUGGUACCUCCCGCAGCCACUCAUCAGCCAUGCUCCCAGGUUGGACACUGAUGGCAUCCACCUUCUGACCAGCCUCCUCCUGUACGAAUCCAAGAGUCGCCUAGCAGCAGAGGCAGCCCUGAACCACCCCUACUUCCGAUCUCUGGGAGAGCGUGUGCACCAGCUUGAAGACACGGCGUCCAUCUUCUCCCUGAAGGAGAUCCAGCUCCAGAAGGACCCAGGCUAUCGGGGCCUGGCCUUCCAGCAGCCAGGCCGAGGGAAGAGCCGGAGGCAGAGCAUCUUCUGAGCCGGGCCCACCCUGCUGCGGCCCCAGGGACGAGAGACGAGAGUUCUCCGAGAGCACGACGACAGACAGGAGGGGGCCUGCGUGGCCCUGGGAGGACUGAGGAACAAGGGCUAAUGGCCGGCCCAGAAGACUUCUUGGCAGCCCUGCUGGCCACGGCUGUUUCCUCUUCCUGCUUCCCACAUGCCUCCCCUGUGGCCUUCUCCUCGUCACCCACCCCUCUGUCACUGGCCCCGGAGCUGGGCCUGAGCUGCUUUCCUGGGAGGAGAUGAGGGGCAGGGAGGGACCACCGACCCUUUCCCACCCCGAGGUGCUUGGGCACCAGUGUGGGACCCACACGGACAGGAGAAUCCGGGUGCCUGGCUGAGCAGGGUGCACUGAAUGUGGGUUCUACCAUAGCUCCCGCCAGGGGCUCCCUGGCACACUUCACUGUCUUUCUUCCCCUCUGAGAGCAGGAAGCGCAGGGCACUUGUCUGGGACUCUGGAAUCCUGGGUGCUGUUGUGGGCGCCAAAACCCAGCCUCUACCUGGAGGGCAGGUGUCUCCAGAGCAGCCCAGCCCUUCUCUACAUCCUCAGCCUGUCCCCAUUCCCUCUCCUGGCCAGAGGCCCCAUAUGCUGCUGGCUGCCCGGCUGAGUCCAGAAGCGGCCUGGUCUCACCAGCUGGCCCCUGCCCGCCCCCCCAGCCUGAAUGGGAUUGCCUUAAAUCGGCAGGGGGUAGAGCAUCACUGCCCUUGGAGCUCUGACCCAAACACCUACUUGUCCACCCUUCCCCAAGAGUGGCUCCUGCUUAACAUGCCUGGGCCUUGAAAACCCAGCCCGGGGCAGGGUCCAGGGGACAACACCCCGAUAGGCAGGGUCACCCUGAUUCUGGUACCAGAACAGCCUCAGCUCCUUGGGGCUCACCCAGCCUCUUCCCUCCUUCCCAGCCCCCACUGCCUGGUCCAUGCCCUUCCCCACCCCGGCACCAGCCUCCCCAUGACCCCGGCCUCCCCAGAGGGCAGGGUGUAAAUGCCACAGUCUGACAUGGAGGAAGGUGGGACAGGACGCACAGGCUUUGAGCCCGAGAGCCCCACCCUGGGGAGCUGGGAGCAUGAGGGGCCGCAGCCCCAAAGAAGGCCCCUCACCACCCCUUCCGAGCACGCCUGUUGUAUUCCCAAGGUCUCCUCAACACUUGCCUGCAUCUCUAAUGGCAAGGCCAAGGGGAGGCCGGGCGCGGCUGUUCACAAGCCCCCUGCCCAGCCCAACCCCUAAGCCUGAGGAGCAACCCCGGAGGGUCUUGGCCUCCGCAUGAGUCCUUCCCCUCCUCCCCCCACUGUACUGUGAAUGUCCCGUGACUCAGCACAAAGACAGAUAAUAUAUUUAAUUCAUGUUGUACAGAAAAGCUGAUUUUGACAGAUUGAUGCCAAAGAUGGAGGAUGGAAGACCCUUCUCCAGGCCCCAUGAGUGUGGGUGGGGCUUGCUUGUAUGUGUAUAUGUAUAAAGUGGACAGAGAGU